AUGACCAUCUACGGAAGCAAGGGUAAAGACUCCCCUAAGACACCUUCUGCGUUAGGCUUCGAAAGACUCAUGACAUUCGAUGGGCGGCUCCACUUCGCUCAGUCUUCUCCAGGGACGGCCGUUGCGUGGCCCGUUGCGUGGAAGUUUCGCAUCAAGUGCCGGAGUGCUAGGCCCGGUGAAGCCGGUCGCAUUUGCCAAAAUCCUACAAGCUGGAUCUGCUGCACACACUACCACGUGGCCCUGUUGCAAAUCCAUGCGAUGUGUAUUAGUACUGGCAGGAAAAGGGCGCCUUCAGCCGUAACUAAGAUCGACCCACCCAGUUGCAACAACGGCUUAUCAGCGAGAAAAGCGGACGACGUGGUGGCAUAA